AUGCUUUGUGAUCCAUAUAUGGUCGUGAAGGUUGAGGAGUAUCUAGACAAUCUGGAAAAGAAGGCUCGAGCGGCACAAAAGAUAGCUGGUCAUCUUUUGACUAUGAUGUCUUUCGACACGGAUGAAGAGCAACAUUCAUAUGCUACAAAGGUUGUCAUAGAGUUAUGGUCAGCUCAAUCACGCUAUGGGCAUGAUGUUGAUGGACGUUGGUCAGAUAUCAACGAUGAGUGCGGAUUGCAAGAAGUGCAUGUUCGAGAUAAUUAUGUUACGGAUUUACCCUCUGAUAUACAAGAGGCAAUGAUUACAGCAUAUAAUGCGUUGGCACAACGUCUACAACCUCCAUUCUACUCUAGUAGUCGAAGAAGUCAUGGAGGUAGAAUUGCAGAGGGAGAGGGGAUGUGGCUGUAUAGGUUGAUUGUUAAGGAGGGAAUGGAAAUAAUUCUAGCACUGCUUGAGCAAAAGUGUUAA